AUGACGGACGAGCUGAAGCGAUGGGCGGAGAGGGCGGGGGUGAGCCUGAAGGAAACAUUUUCCGAUCGCAAGGUGCUGUGGGGUCUGCUGUUGGGCCAGUUCCUGUCGUUGCUCAUCACCGGCACGGGCGUCACGUCCCAAUUCCUGGCCGCCGAGUACAAUGUCAACAUCCCCACCACGCAGAGUUCCAUCAACUACCUCCUUCUCUUCUUCGUCUACAUGCCCACUCUCAUCUACCAGCGACGCCGACCUCCAUCUUCAACUCCAUCUCCCCAAUUUUCAUCUUCAUCUCAUCUCAUGAUCGAUCGGGCCGACAGCGAGCGACCACUGCCAAGGUGCUCCUCCUCUUUGCGGCACAUGGCCCAAAACCCAUCUCCCUCAUCCUGA